AUGGUUACAACUUCUGCAACUUGGUUCCUCUUUAUUCCUAUAAUUUUAUCGUUAUGCCUCAUAACAUUAGGUGCAACAGUGGUACAAGACCUUAAAAACUUACACCAACCUCCAAAUUUUAACACAACAAUCGUGUCCAACUGUCUCAAGAACCCAUCUCUUAGGUACUGCAAUUCCAAUCCCAUGGACCUUGAUGAAAUAUUCAAAUUCAGUAUUGUUGCUAGCCAUCUAUGCAAUGAAUCAAAGAACCCAAAUUGUGUGGAGUCAUUCCCCAAAAUUGAUCUUAGAAACCGCCCAAAUAUUGCAACUCUUUAUUUAUCCUUUGGUUUCUUUUGGAAGUAUUGCCCCUUGAGCAUUUUGUCCAUUGAUUUGUCCAACAAUUCUAUGAAGGGUAGUUUUCCAAUUGAUGUUCUCUAUUGCACCCAAAUCCAUUCUCUUGAUUUAAGUGUCAAUGAAUUUUCUGGUCACAUUCCAAUUCAGAGUUUCUCUCCCCUAACCAACCUCUCUUUUCUGAACCUCUCUUAUAAUUGUUUUUCAGAGAGUAAAUUGUCUGAUUCGCAAUUCUUCAAAAGGUUUAACUCUUCUAGUUUUCUUCAUUCUGGUGCUCUCUUGGAUCACAAAAGGUUUACAUUAAAUGCUGUUAUUCUAUUAAUUGGCUUUCCCAUCCUUGUCAUGUUGAUGGUAAUUUGUUUGGGAUGGAUUUGUUUCCAAAGACCAGAUUUUCUACCAAGUAAACUUCAAAGAAGUAAGAUGUUUACACCAGCAAUUCUAAAGGCAGCAACUGAUGGUUUUUCAAAUAAGAAUUUGGUGGGGAAGAGUGAUGUUGUUCACAUCUACAAAGGGAUCUUGAGAGAUGGUACUGAAGUGAAAAUUGAGAUCUACUUGGAUGAUAUAUCAAUGGAUAGUUAUCAUAAAUUUGUUAAAGAAUGCAAGGUUCUGUCUAAUUUAAAUCACAAGAAUCUUGUACGAGUUCUGGGGUGGUGUAGGAGCAGAAAAUUCAGGGCUAUUAUUACAGAAUGGACAAAAGAAGAAAAUGUUGAAAUGUGGUUAUCAGGGUCAGCUUCACCUUGGAAUCAUAGACUAAAAGUGAUAAAAGGGAUUAUAGAAUGCAUGUGUUAUCUACUGGAGGAAUGGCCUGAAAUUGACUAUGACCUCAACAUAAGUACUGUUUUAUUGUCUGACAAUAUGGAACCACUAAUUUCGAGGUUCAAAAUUGGAGAUCAGAACAACAAUCGUAGAAAGAUAUUCAAGUUUGGAGUAUUCAUUCUAGAGAUGAUACUAAACAGAAAGAUUCAAGAGGAGUUUGAUGUAGGUGAUUCUGGAUUUAUUAGGUACAUGAGAACCCUUAGUCCAAUAGACUUGCAGCAGAUUAUUGAUGAGACAAUGGAAGUAACUGAAACAUCUUUGCAUCAAGUUAAACAGGUUCUAUCCCUAGGAUUAAUGUGCAUAGACCAAUCAAACAAUGAGCAGCCAAGCUUGGCCCUGAUAUUUAAGACUAUAGCAAGAGCUUACAAGACCAGCUUUGUUUUGCCAUCUGCAAAUCAUAGACUAUUUCAUGGAGAUAGAUUUAAGGGAUCUAGAUAA